GUUCGUUUUUGUCUUCCAUUGCUCUUUUCUGCGCAGGAGGCGAAGAAGAUAUCCAACCUGGAAUCAAUUCGGGAAAAGUUGCUUUCCUCACUGGAUCAGUACGCUAAACUACUCGCUGGUGACACCACCUUUGCGGAACCUGAUGAGGCGCUUAUUCAACAACUCACUGCAGCCGUAGGAGCGGAGAAGGAGCAGACUGCAGCCGUAGGAGCGGAGAAGGAGCAGGUGACGGAAGGUGGACGAAUCUCCACAAGUGCGCAACCACUGGCCCAAGCGAACACAGGUGAAAACUUGGCCUCCUUUUUUACCUCCCCCGUCUCUGAAAGUGAAAAAUCUAUUCCAUUUGGAAACGAUCCAUUCAGUACUGGUGAGUGA